AAUGAUUAUUUGCUUGAUAUUCAUUUGCAUUAUCAUGUUGAGACACUUUAUGACGAGAUUAGGAAGAAGGCGUUAGUACAAUAUUUCAGCCCAUUUCUUACUAUUGAUAUGAACAAAAUGGCCAAAUCUUUUGUGACUAAUGUUACAAGGUUAGAAAAAGAACUUGCCAAAUUAAUUACCGAGAACAAGAUUCAAGCAAGAAUAGAUAGUCAUAAAAAGAUUUUGUGUGCUAAACAACAAGAUCAACGAAGUGGAAUAUUUUAUAAAUCUUUGAAAAUGGGUAAAGAAUUUGAAGAAAGCACCAAUGCAAUGUUACUUCGUAUGAAUUUAUUGAAAGCAAAUCUUGUCAUACAAACUAAUCACCACCAUCACAAGUAA